GUCUUGCAAGUUUCAAAUUCCCACAUUCACCACUACUCUACUACACACAACACAAAAUUGAUAAUACACACACAAGCACGUUCACUGGGUGUGAAGUUUCUCACACACACACAUUUAUUAUAGAAAAAGAAAAACAAGAAAGAACUCAAGGCAUGGCCUAACUGCUGUUUGCCUUAUUUUCUUGACUCUGUGUUCUUAAAGUCUGUAUCUUUUGUUACCAUUUGCCAGUGUAACUAAGAAGAAGUAAUAAAAAAAGGUGGAGGAGAGGAAGAAGAAACCAAGAAAAUAUAAGUGGGCUGGUGAAAAAAGGGGCAUUGUUUUCUUAAAGCUAGAUUCUUGAAGAGGGAUUUGACAUGAUGGGUUGGAAGAUUGCAAUGUGUAACGCAUUUUUGGUUGUGAUGUUGGUUUUGUUGAGUUCAUGGGUUUCUUGGGGGGAAGCUUCUGUUUCAUAUGACCAUAAGGCCAUUUCUGUUAAUGGGCAGAGGAGGAUUCUUAUUUCUGGAUCCAUUCACUAUCCCAGGAGCACACCUGAGAUGUGGCCAGAUCUUAUUCAGAAGGCAAAAGAAGGUGGCUUGGAUGUAAUUCAGACUUAUGUUUUUUGGAAUGGGCAUGAACCUGAACCUGGAAAGUAUUACUUUGAGGGCAGGUAUGACUUGGUGAAGUUUAUUAAGCUGGUGCAUCAAGCAGGGCUUUAUGUUAACCUCAGAAUUGGUCCCUAUGCUUGUGCUGAAUGGAACUUUGGGGGUUUCCCAGUUUGGCUGAAGUAUGUUCCAGGCAUUAGUUUCAGGACAAAUAAUGGGCCUUUUAAGGCUGCAAUGCAAAAGUUCACAACCAAGAUUGUGAAUAUGAUGAAAGCUGAAAGGUUGUAUGAAACUCAAGGUGGUCCAAUCAUAUUGUCGCAGAUUGAGAAUGAGUAUGGACCCAUGGAAUAUGAGCUUGGUGCACCUGGACGAGCUUAUAGCGAAUGGGCCGCCAAAAUGGCUGUGGAUCUUGGCACUGGUGUUCCCUGGAUCAUGUGCAAACAGGAUGAUGCCCCUGAUCCAAUUAUUAAUACCUGCAAUGGUUUCUAUUGCGAUUACUUCUCUCCCAAUAAGGCUUAUAAACCGAAGAUGUGGACUGAAGCCUGGACUGGAUGGUUUACUCAAUUUGGUGGUCCAGUUCCCUACCGACCAGCCGAAGAUUUGGCGUUCUCUGUUGCAAGAUUUAUCCAGAAGGGGGGCUCUUUCAUUAACUAUUAUAUGUAUCAUGGAGGAACAAACUUUGGCAGAACAGCUGGUGGUCCAUUUAUUGCAACUAGUUAUGAUUAUGAUGCACCUCUUGAUGAGUAUGGACUAUUGAGGCAACCGAAAUGGGGACAUCUGAAAGAUCUGCACAGAGCAAUAAAGCUCUGUGAGCCAGCUUUAGUAUCUGGAGAUCCCACUGUUAUGUCACUUGGAAACUAUCAGGAGGCUCAUGUUUUCAAAUCAAGAUCUGGAUCUUGUGCUGCUUUUCUUGCAAACUACAAUCAGCAUUCAUUUGCAAAGGUCUCUUUUUGGAAUAUGCAUUACAACUUGCCUCCUUGGUCUAUCAGCAUCCUUCCUGAUUGCAAGAACACGGUUUACAAUACAGCAAGGAUUGGUGCUCAAAGUGCACAAAUGAAGAUGACCCCUGUUAGCAAAGGAUUUGCUUGGCAGUCAUACAAUGAAGAAUUGAUGUCAUAUGAGGACAACUCGUUUACAAUGGUUGGAUUGCGAGAGCAGAUUAAUACAACCAGAGACAACACUGAUUAUUUGUGGUAUACAACAGAUGUGAAGAUUGAUCCUAGAGAAGGAUUUCUAAGAGGAGGGAAGUGGCCUGUUCUUACAGUCUUUUCUGCAGGCCAUGCUUUGCACGUCUUCAUCAAUGGGCAGUUGUCAGGAACUGCCUAUGGAAGUCUAGAAAGCCCAAAAGUAACUUUUAGCAAAAGUGUGAAUCUCAGAGCUGGAGUUAACAAGAUUUCCCUGCUCAGCAUUGCCGUUGGUCUCCCGAAUGUUGGCCCGCAUUUUGAAACAUGGAAUGCCGGUGUCCUCGGUCCAGUUUCCCUCAGUGGUCUGAACGAGGGGAAAAGAGACUUAACAUGGCAAAAAUGGACUUACAAGGUUGGUCUAAAGGGAGAAUCUCUGAGUCUUCAUUCACUCAGCGGAAGCUCUUCUGUUGAAUGGGUUGAAGGUUCCUACAUAGCUCAAAGACAACCAUUGACAUGGUACAAGACUACUUUCAACGCCCCAAGUGGAAAUGAGCCGUUGGCUUUAGAUAUGGAUACCAUGAGUAAAGGUCAAGUGUGGAUAAAUGGCCAAAGCAUUGGACGAUAUUGGAAUGAGUAUAAAGCAUCUGGAAACUGUGGUGCCUGCAACUAUGCUGGUUGGUUCAAUGAGAAGAAAUGCCUAAGCAACUGCGGUAAAGCCUCUCAGAGAUGGUAUCAUGUUCCACGUUCGUGGCUCCGUCCGACGGGAAAUCUGUUGGUUGUACUCGAAGAAUGGGGAGGAAAUCCUUAUGGAAUCUCUCUGGUAAAACGGGAAGUAGCGAGUGUGUGUGCAGAUAUAUACGAGUGGCAGCCAACCUUAGUGAAUUGGCAGUUGCAAGCAUCUGGGAAAGUCAACAAACCGUUAAGGCCUAAAGCUCACCUCUCGUGUGCUGCUGGUCAAAAGAUUUCAUCAAUCAAAUUCGCUAGUUUUGGGACUCCACAGGGUUCCUGUGGUAACUUCCAGGAGGGAAGUUGUCAUGCAUUUCAUUCAUACGAUGUUUUUGAGAGGUAUUGCAUUGGGCAACAAUCUUGCACGGUACCCGUGACACCUGAAAUCUUUGGAGGAGAUCCAUGUCCGAGUGUUAUGAAGAAACUCUCCGUGGAGGCCAUUUGCAGUUAAUGAACAGACAACAUAUGUUGCCUAGGAAUAGAAAUCUUCUGAUUACCUUUGUCUUUGAUACAUGUGCUUGUUGUUUUCUUAUGUUAGAUAUCGUACAGAUCAAUUGUUUCUUUUGGGCUUUGCUCUGGUGAAGUUGUACAUAUAUGCAACACACCAUCAAGUCCAAAGCCUUGAAGAUGAUUAUAUGUACAUAGAACUAGCCUAUGUUGUCCCUAUUCGUCCUGCAAUUUUAAGAUGAUAAGUCUUUGGUCGAGUUAGAAUGCACAUUGAGACGAUAAAAUGAGUCCAUGUGUGUUCGGCUCCAGUCGUUACAACAAAGGAUUCAAGCUGUUGGCUUGCAAGAUUUUAAUUUCUAUUUUUCAUGUCAAGAAAGCAAUCACUUCCAUUGCUUCACCAUUUGUAAGAAAAUGCUUUAUGGGUGUACUAAUACAGCAAGAUCUAUUUGAUCAAGCCCUUUAUUCUC